AUGAAGUUUUUCAGGAGAAAAGACAAGCGGAAGAACGACGGCGGUAGCACGCCCGGCCGGAUGCCGGGCUUCGGCAGCGGCUCGAACAGCAAGCAAUCUGGCUCGGCGUACGGCGGGUACGGCUCCGUCGACUACCGGCCCGAUAACCACCGACCCUUCGGUUCACCACCGUCCAGCUCCUUCGACCCAAGGACCUACUCACAGUACACAAGCGGGCCCCAGCCCAUGCCAACGCGCGCUUCCGCCGCACUUCUCUCUCGCUUCCCGGUAGCCAUACUUGAGCGCAUCUUUACCUUUGUCUGUCCCCACAGCCGCGACGAGACCUACGCCACGUGCGAGCAGAGUUCGGUCGACGAUGGCUGUAUGCUAUGCGACCUGCGCGACCUGGCGCACUGCGCCGCGGUCUGCAGGACGUGGAAGGGGGAGGCCAUCAAACUGCUAUACCACAGCAUUCGUAUCGAUAGCGUCCACUACUGCGACCUCGAAGCUAUCCUCGCUGAGCGUCGGAAGCGGCGGUCCUUCUUCGACCGCAACGGCCAGCCCGAAGACCCGGCACAGGCUCGCCUGAAGCUCCUCUGCCGCACCCUCCGCGAGGAUCCCGUCCGCCGCGGCCGGCUCGUCCAGUUCCUCAAGAUGCCAUACAUGUUGCGCGAAUCCUGCCAAGCCGAUUUGGCCCGGACCAUCGCCGUGACGCCGGAUCUGCAUUAUGUCGACCUGCCCGAGGGCCUCUACACCGACGACCCCGCGUUCUUGACUCUCCGCCUAGAAGUGCAGGCGCGCUGCCUCGAGUUGCGCAAGAUGACGUAUAUGGGGGGCUCGGAGAACAGCCUCCAGGCGCUGGCGACGGGGAGGGUGUGGACCAAGCUCGAGGUGCUGGAAUUGAUUCGGGUAGAGAUGGAGCCGAGCAUGAUGCGCCAGGUGCUGGGCUACUUGGGAAACCUGCGCGCGCUGAAGAUCAGCCAGACGACGUCCUUCACCGACGAGACUCUGGAAUGGAAUGAGAUGCUGCCGCCGUUCCCCCCGGUGGAGGAGUUCAUUCUGACUGACGUCCCCAACGUCACGUGUGAAGGUCUCAAGGGGUGGCUGAUGCUACCGGAGGCACGGCAGGCACUAAAGGUGCUCACACUCAACGGGACCGGCGCACGAGCCUGGGCCUUGCAGGACCUAAUGGCUUACACGCCCGCACUCAAGCACUUGUCCAUCCUCGACAGCGUCUCGGCUACCUUGCCAGCGGCGGCCGGAACGCACAACAUCCCGCCGCUCUCCUCUACCAGCCUCGAGACUCUGCACUUCGAAAUCACAGCCGCAGCCUCUACGCCCAAAUACGCAGGCGUCACAGCGAGCUAUUACAACUACCUUGCCGGCUCUCUCCUCUCGGGUGGCCUUCCCAACCUGCACGCGGUCUAUGUCCGAGACACCAACUUCCCGGACCUCCUGCUCGGUUUGCCCCCGCCCGCCCCCGCCUACGCCGAAGGGCGCGGCGGCCGGCCCGCAAGCAGUGGCUCAAACUCACCCUUCUCCUCCCCCCUAUCUUCCCCCAGCAACAGGCCCUCCCACGGCGGUCUCCCGCCGCUCUCCCCGCCAUCCGCCCCUUUCUCCGCGCGCGGCCACCGCCCUCAGGGCUCCCUCUCCUCCCUGAACGGCUCCUUCGGCCCCAACUCGGGCCUCGGCACGAGCCCGAACCCGAACCCGCGCUUCAGCAGCAACAACCCGUUCGCGGCCCUCACCUGCCCGCCCGCGCCCGGCGCCGGCGGCUUCAUGAACCUCCCCGCCAAGCUCGAGGUCUUCACCAAGGGCGAGGACGACGACCACCUCGGCUGGUCGUUCGUGCAGGUCGGCGGCAACGGCGGCCGCGCGGGCGGCGGCGGCCACGGUGCGCGCGGAGGCAGCCUCGGCGGCGGCGGCGGCGGUGGUGGUGACGGUGGCGGCGGCCCCGAGAGACCGCUCAGCAGCUAUGGACUCGGCGCGGACGUCUUGGGCGGGAACGCCUCCGGCUGGAGCAGCGGUGCUGGUGCCAGGCGCAGCGUGCUUGUCAGUGGCGUGGGUGGGGCGGGCGGCGGGUUCUUGGCUGUGCCUGGUGCUGGUGCUGGUGGCGGUGGUGGUGAUGGGGGUGGGCAGAGGAGGGGGAGGAAUUUGAGUGGUGGGGGUGGGUUUGAGGGUGGUGGUGGUGGUGGUGGUGGGGAGGAUGAGUGGCCGAGGCCGAAGAGCAGUGCGGGUGAGAAGAAGAGGGAGAAGAUGGAUUUGUGGCGGUGA